UAUUUCGUAUAAUAUUUAGAGAAUUGUAUUGCUCACCUACAACUCCAUCCUACGCUAUAUCUGUUAGUCAUACAGUCACACACUAGUUGCCAAGCAACCAUCUAAUGCAACACAAAGUUCAGCUAGAUUGUAAGACAUGUGCACUGUAAUUGGUGAUAUGUUUUAUUUGUAAUUAACAAUGGCAGAGGACGUGAAACCGGAAACAAUUAAAAGGACUCAAGAUUUACUUGGGAAGUAUUUCAAAAAACCACCCCUCACAGAGAAAUUAUUAAGGAAACCACCGUUUCGGUUUCUCCAUGAUAUUGUUUCGACGGUCAUAAAUGAAACUGGUUUCCUAGAUGGUUUGUACACGGAGGAAGAACUGAAUUCAGAAAAUAUAAAAAACAAGGAGGCGAAACUUGCUUAUUUGACAAAACUGAUCGACGUCGUGAAAUUGGCCACUGGCAUUAAUUUAACUGUACGAGCCAGUAAGAUAAUCUCAGGCCAGGAACCGACUAAAACAAAUGAACUGUUACAAGCAAUUGGAAAGGCUUUAGACAAAAAGAUAAAUAGUGCAGAAGCUAUUGAACAAUAUAAGAAAAAUUUAGGAAAAGGUAAGUCUAGUUCAAGAAGUAAAUUGUCUGUAGCAAAAGAUGAGAAAAGAUCAUCGUCAAAAGAAACAUCCCAAAAGAGAGCUUCAACAUCAAAGGAGAAGUCGACAGAGCAAAAAAAGAAAGUUAUUAAUGAAAAUCCAACGAUAAACGAAGAAACGCGAAAAAAUGAAAAUCAAGAAUCUCAAAAAAGUGUUGAAGCUACAAAAGCACCACAAACUGAGUUAACCCAAGAGAAAAUUCCUUCAUCUGCACAUAGGAAAAGAUCUUCGUCUGCUAAACCGAAACAAAAUACAUCUUUCACAGCCUUGUCUGAAAUUCCCUUGCAGUCAGAUAAGAAAACGGAUGAAAAUAAAAAACAAAAAGAAUCUGAAAACAGACUAAAGAAUACAGCAAAUGCUGAAAAUAAUGAGGCACAAAAUCAAAUACUUAAUCAAUCAUCAAAUCUUAUUAAUUUAGAAUCUGUAUCAAACGCCAAAGAUAAUAAGGUAGACGAAAACACAGACAAAGUGGGAUACAAGGAAAAUACUAUAAUAAAUAAUGAAAUUCCUUUAAAAAACAUAGAAAAAUCUGAUCAGUCAAUAUCAGAGAUACAAAAGUUGCAGUCAGAAAAUAAUGAUGCUAGUAUUCCACAAUCAAAUUCUAGACCAAAAACUUCUUUACGUCCACCUACUGCAAGACCAAUUAGUGCCAGACCUGCAGCACCUAGGAUACGAGGCAAAGCAGAAUUAAUAGUUAAUGAAGAAAUACUAACACCCAUGGGACAUAUUAGUGUCAUUGUAGAAAAUUCUGAUCUUAAGGAUGAUGAUGAUGCUGAAGACAUGGUGGUUAUGGAAACAAAAGGAAGUGGCAGUGAUUUUUUAGAAACCAAUGACCAUUAUAAAGCUGAUGACCAAUUAACGCAGGAACAUGGACAUCUUGUUGCUCAAAUAUUAGAAACACAAAAGGAAUUGAUUAAUAAUGAUAAUGUUGACGUGAUACCCAAAAAAACAAAUAUUACAUGGGAUACAAAUUCGAAACGUGACAUGGUAACGAAAGAAAUUGAUAAAUUACGAAAUACGAUACAAACGUUAACACGUGCAACAAAUCCACUUGGAAAGUUAUUAGAUUAUUUUCAGGAGGAUGUAGAGAUUAUGCAAAAAGAAUUAUUAGAAUGGAAAAAUCAAUAUCAACAAGUAAAUGAACAAUUAAAAGUAGAAAAAAUGAAAACGCAAGAAUUAAUAGAACCUAUGAAAGAAACGUUAAAAGAAAUUGAUCAUAAUAUGAAACUACAAUUGGAUAAAAUAUGUCAAGCAAAAUCACAGAUUAUGAAGAAUGAUCAAAGGAUACAAACGUUAUUAAAUGGUCGUGUUUAAAUUUCGUUUUAUUAUGAUGUACAAAGUGAUAUUUUUCCAUUAUCUUUAAUUGUAAUUAAUGUAAUUAAUGUAGAUGUUUAAUUUUCUUUA